UCGUUCAAGUCCCAAGUCGCAACUCAGAUCUCCCCGUCCUCCCAACCCCCGCGAGCUACCACAACACUGCACAUCGCCUCUGCUCUUCCCCCGGAUCUCCAGAUCUCUCGCGCUCACGCCUACACCCACCCCUCGCCCGCUACGUCGCCGCCGCCGCACGCGGUGGCCACGGCGAGAUGCUCCGCCUCAGGGCGUUCCGGCCGACGAGCGACAAGGUGGUGAAGAUCCAGCUCCACCCCACUCACCCCUGGCUCGUCACAGCCGACGCCAAUGACCGCGUCUCGGUCUGGGACUGGGAGCACCGCCAGGUGAUCUAUGAGCUGAAGGCUGGUGGCGUCGAUGAACGGAGGCUGGUUGGUGUGAAGCUUGAGAAGCUCGCCGAGGGAGAAACUGAUUCGAAAGGAAAGCCCACUGAGGCAAUCCGAGGCGGAAGUGUAAAGCAGGUUUCUUUUUAUGAUGACGAUGUACGCUUUUGGCAACAUUGGCGCAAUUGCUCUGCUGCUAGCGAGGCUCCAACUGCAGUUAAUCAACAAUCGUCCGCUUUCAGUGCACCUGCACCAUCUACAAGAGGAAGACAUUUUGUUGUCAUUUGUUGUGAGAACAAAGCAAUAUUUUUGGACUUGGUGACUAUGCGUGGCCGCGAUGUUCCUAAGCAAGAGCUUGACAACAAGUCUCUUUUAUGUAUGGAGUUCCUCUCCAGGUCAUCUUCUAGUGAUGCCCCUCUUGUUGCAUUCGGGGCAUCCGAUGGUGUGAUCAGAGUUCUCUCAAUGAUGACAUGGAAGCUUGUGCGAAGGUAUACUGGUGGACAUAAAGGAGCAAUAUCUUGCUUAAUGACAUUCAUGUCUGCAGCCGGCGAGGUACAUUUAGUUUCUGGUGGUAGUGAUGGCCUGCUGGUAUUAUGGAGCGCUGAUCAUAUCCAUGACUCUCGGGAACUUGUACCUAAGAUUAGUUUGAAGGCUCACGAUGGAGGGGUGGUUGCGGUUGAACUUUCAAGGGUAAUGGGAAGUGCUCCACAGCUCAUUACAAUAGGGGCUGAUAAAACUUUAGCCAUAUGGGAUACAGUUACAUUCAAGGAAAUAAGGCGCAUUAAACCAGUACCUAAACUUGCCUGCCAUAGUGUUGCAUCUUGGUGCCACCCUCGUGCACCAAACCUUGAUAUUCUGACUUGUGUCAAGGACUCCCAUAUUUGGGCCAUAGAACAUCCGACCUAUUCUGCUUUGACAAGACCACUCUGUGAAUUGUCCUCGCUUGUUCCUCCACAAGCCCUUGCACAGCAUAAGAAACUGAGGGUUUACUGCAUGGUGGCACAUCCCUUGCAACCGCAUCUUGUUGCUACUGGAACAAAUAUCGGUAUUAUUUUAAGUGAGUUUGAUCCAAGAGCACUACCGGCUGUUGCUCCCCUACCAGCACUGACAGAAAGCAAGGAACACUCUGCUGUUUACAUUGUUGAAAGAGAACUUAAGUUGCUGAAUUUCCAAUUGUCAAACACAGCAAACCCGUCCCUGGGAAGUGCAUCUGAAACAGGAAGAUCAAGGAAUGAAUCUAUAGACCAGCUCAUAGUAAAGCAAAGCAAGAAGCAUAUCAGCACGCCCGCUCCUCAUGAUUCGUAUUCAAUUCUUUCAGCUAGCAGUUCUGGAAAGUAUGUUGCAGUUGUAUGGCCAGACAUUCCUUCAUUCGUUGUGUACAAAGCUAGUGAUUGGUCAGUUGUUGAUUCAGGCACGGGAAAACUUUUCGCGUGGGACAGCUGUCGCGACAGAUAUGCUUUGGUCGAGAGUGCAUUGGCUCCAAGGAUGCCACUUAUUGUGAAAGGUGGUUCCUCUAAAAAGGCAAAAGAAGCUGCUGCAGCAGCAGCUCAAGCAGCAGCUGCAGCUGCUAGUGCUGCUUCUUCAGCCACAGUGCAAGUUCGCAUUUUGUUAGAUGAUGGAACUGCUCAUGUUCUGCAGAGAUCCAUUGAUGGCCGUAGUGAACCGGUCGUUGGCUUGCAUGGUGGUGCUCUGCUUGGUGUUACAUACCGAACAUCUCGUAGAAUCAGUCCUUUGACGGCCACUGCUAUAUCAACUGUUCAAUCAAUGCCCCUAUCAGGCUUCGGAGGAAGUGGAUCAUCUUUUGCUUCGGAUGACCCAUUUUCCUCCAGAGAAGGGCCGCCCCAAAAUUUCCAGUUAUACAGCUGGGAGACCUAUCAGCCCGUAAGCGGCUUACUUGCACAACCUGAAUGGACCGUGUGGGACCAAACUGUUGAAUAUUGUGCAUUUGCUUAUCAGCAGUACAUUGUAAUUUCUUCCCUGCGACCCCAGUUUAGGUAUCUCGGGGAUGUUUCAAUUCCUUCUGCUACUGGUGCUGUUUGGCAUCGUAGACAGUUGUUUGUGGCUACACCAACAACCAUCGAGUGCGUUUUUGUUGAUGCUGGAGUUGCUGCCAUUGAUAUUGAGACAAAAAAGAGGAAAGAAGAAAUGAAAGCAAGAGAAGCCCAGGGUCGAGCAGUUGCAGACCAUGGAGAUUUGGCUCUUAUCACAGUCGAAGGUCCCCAGGUCACAGCAAGUGAAAAAAUAUCAUUAAGACCUCCUAUGUUGCAGGUUGUUCGUUUAGCCUCCUUUCAGCAUGCUCCGUCAAUACCACCGUUUAUAGUGCCGAAGCAAUCCAAAUUAAAUGGGGAUGAUUCAGUAUUUCUGAAAGAAUUGGAUGAUAGAAGAUAUUCUGAAGUGGCUGUUGCUGGAGGAGGGGUAUCGGUUGCAGUAACUCGCUUUCCUCCUGAGCAGAAAAGACCUAUUGGGCCACUUGUCCUGGUUGGUGUCAGAGAUGGAGUUCUGUGGCUUGUUGACAGGUAUAUGUGUGCACAUGCCUUGUCUCUCAGCCAUCCCGGUAUUAGAUGUCGGUGCCUUGCAGCAUAUGGUGAUCCAGUUAGUGCUGUCAAAUGGGCUACUAGACUUGGCCGAGAGCACCAUGAUGACCUUGCUCAAUUUAUGCUUGGAAUGGGCUAUGCUACUGAAGCACUUCAUUUACCUGGAAUAUCCAAGAGGUUGGAAUUCGAUCUUGCAAUGCAAAGCAAGGACUUGAAAAGAGCACUUGCAUGUCUGCUGACAAUGAGCAAUAGCCGAGACGUGGGACAAGAAACUACUGCUACAGAUGUUACGCAGAUUCUCAAUUUGGCAGUAGCUAAGCAGGCUAAGCAAGAAAGUCUUGCAGAUGCCGUGCAGGGAAUAGUGAAAUUUGUCAAGGAGUUUUUUGACCUUAUUGAUGCCGCAGAUGCCACCGGCCAGGCUGAAAUAGCUCGUGAAGUUCUGAAGAGAUUAGCUGCAGCAGCUUCUGUAAAGGGAGCUCUGCAUGGGCAAACCUUACGAGGCCUGGCACUCCGUCUUGCAAACCAUGGGGAACUUACUAGACUAUCGGGUUUAGUGUCCAAUUUGAUCACAGCUGGCCAUGGACGUGAAGCAGCAUUUGCAGCUGCAGUUCUGGGUGAUAAUGCCCUCAUGGAGAAAGCAUGGCAAGACACAGGAAUGCUGGCUGAGGCCGUUUUACAUGCUCAAGCCCAUGGUCGUCCAUCAUUAAGGAGCUCAGUCAUAACAUGGAACAAGAUGCUACAAAAGGAGCUGGAUCACACACCAACCGUAAAAACCGAUGCUGCAGCAGCGUUCUUGGCUUCUCUUGAGGACCCGAAGCUCACUAGUUUGGGAGAAACUGAGAAAAAGCCACCAAUUGAAAUACUGCCUCCUGGAAUGCCGCCUCUAUCUGCACCUCCCAUCAUUAUUAAAAAGGCUGCUGCAAAACCUGGGCUUCCUAAUGCCGCACAGACCCCAAAUGCAGGUGCUCCUAUGAAUCAAGGCACCCCAAUGGCUCAAGGUACUCCCAUGAAUCAAAGCACCCCAAUGGCCCAAGGUACUCCCGUGGCACAAGGUGCCCCCAUGGCUCAAGCCCCUCCUGCUCCGGCACAGAGCACCGAUGAGGUAAAGCCAUCAGAGGCUACAACAGCUCCUGACAAUGUGGAGGCUACAGCAGCUACCAGCAAUGCCGAAGCUACUGCAGCCCCUGGUACUGGGGAAGCUACAGAAGCUCCGGUUCCAGACCCAACAAAUAGCAGUCCUGACGCUGCUGCUGCUCCAGCUCCUGCUCCAGCUCCUGCCCCAGCAGCUGAUUCCAGUGGCACUGAUGCACUUGCUGUUACUCCCAGUGAUUCUACAAAUGAUGCACCUUCUUCCAAGGAACCAGAGACACAGGAUAAACCACCUUCAACAGAGGUGUCGCCAUCACCUACACCCAGUAUUUCUGCUGUAUAAAAAUAUUUCUGAUUCAGUUCUCAUAGCAGUGUGCCAUUUUUUUUAUGUGUGCUGAUUCCUUUGUCCCACUGUAAUUUUUUCCAUUGGUAUAGAUAUUUGUUAUAUGUAGUGCUCAAAAGACGACGAGCAGCAUGUGAGUAGCCAUGUACAUCUGCUGUUCUCGUCAGGAAGAGAACUAUACCGUGACUGCAGCCAUAGCCCAAGCCUUCUGUGAUUUGUCAUAUCAUGUUUGUGAUUUGUCGAGAUGUCGCAAUUGAAGUUUUGUAAGAUGAGUUAAUCGUGUUUGGAUGCCAAUGCCGCAUGUUGAUGUGCCUC